GGAGUUCGCCUUCGGAAGGCCGCCAACGGGGGACGCGUGUUUGAGUUCCCGGGCGCCUCCAGUGGCGAGAAGGCGGACUCCCUGGCCCAGAGGCUGCGGGAGGUCCUCGAUGGGGGCGUCGUCCGCGUCGCCCGGCCCGUGAAGACGGUGGCCUUACGGGUGGCGGGGUUGGACGACGCCACCACCGCUGCCGAGGUGGUCACCGCAGUUGCUGCAGCGGGCGGGUGCCCAGCUGACCAGCUGAGAGCGGGGGCGAUGUCGACCGGCCGCGACGGACUGGGAUCAGUCGUGGUCCAGUGUCCCGUCGCGGCGGCGAAGAAAGUCGCGACCGACGGUCGUCUGCUGGUUGGGUGGGUGUCCGCCCAGGCAAGGCUCAUGGAUCCCCGACCCUCUGUGUGUUACAGGUGCCUGGCUCCAGGUCAUGUGUCCAGCCAGUGCCAGGCGGGGGUGGAUCGCUCCGGGGUGUGCUUCCGGUGCGGUCAACCAGGGCACAAGGCCCGCGGAUGCACGGCGGUGCCUCACUGCAUCGUCUGCGCCGCGGCCGGUGCCCCUGCGGAACACCGUGCCGGGAGCAAGGCGUGUGUCCCCCCACCCAAAGGUAGGAGGACCAAGAAGGCAGGAGGGGACGGCCCGAGCCAGACGGCCAGGCAGUCCCCGGUCCUACCACAUCAGGCGGCGGCGCCGGUGGCUGAGGAGGUUCCAAUGGCCAUUGGAUAA